AUGACAACAUCACGAUCACCCGUACCAGGACCAUCAAACUGGACAGCCAGAGGAAGACAACCGACUAGACAAAACAACUCAGGACAAACAACACCACGAACUAGAUCAUUAUCAAACACUUCAUCCCAAACAACAGCAAGAGUAACCGAACAUGAACAAUCAAGAAUAAUCACAGACGAAACAGACGAAUUAAACGAAGACACACCACGACUAUACUGGGACAGAAGUACAACUCAAUAG